UGCAAUUUUUCAGAAAUGCAUGACUAUGAUAUAAACAAUAGAAUAUAAGUGAAUACCGGCAGGGUUGGCACAUUUCAGAUGGUGUGUUCUAAACGCAGUUUAAAACAAACACUUUUUAACGAAUAAUGGGUAUUCUUAAUCGUUUACAUCAAUUAUGGAAAAAAAUGUAAAAUUUUCUAAAGUGAAUUAAAACAAUAAAAACAAACAUUUUCUUUAACAAAAACUUUUAUCAUAACCCAGAAUAAAAGAAUUUGUUAUCUCUUCCCUUGUAGGAACCAUGACUAGUAUUGUCUUUUUCAUUUUCUCAUUAACAGAUAAACUUCACUUGACCACCUCAUCACAAUAGCAGUUGAUGACUGUCUACAUCUCUUUCAUCAGAAGUCACAGAAUAGUCUUCCUUUUCCGUAUUUGAAGUUCAUCUAGAUGGACAUUUCCAUUACAAUUUUUACAUUACAUAUCUUGAAAUUGGUAUUGAAUUUUUAGACUAGAUUGGAAUUGAUAUUUUGACUUUUCAUUAACCUGGAAUCAAACCUACAGAAGUCAGCCUUGGAUAAGACAUUACCAUAGUUAUACUUACAACCCUGACUAACGAUUCCUACAAGUUGAGGGUCGUUAGGUUACAGAUCUGGCAGCAACCAAAAUUGGAAUAUUAUAUGAAACAUUGCACAAUCUAACCAAACAAGUUUCAGUGACACAUGAAGUUGUACAUGUCUGCUGGAAAUGUUCGCAUCUUGAUAUCUGUGACAUUUGAAUUCAAAUGUUGGAAACUUUUUUGUGAACUAAGUACAAUUUUGGAUACUUUUUUGUGGAGUUUACUGAAAACAUUUCAAAAUGUCAUUCAUUUGGGUUUGUUCCAUUCCCAUUAUCAUCAUCGUCAGCUUAAGUGCAUGUAAAUCUUUAUUGUUUUCCAAGAACCAAGGGCAGGAUGCCAACUUGAAAUUUCCAUAUCCGUGUGAUGGUUCGGAAGUCCAUUUACAGCUAUGGCAUAAUGCCCCAUUUUACAGAUCUACAGAGAAUUCAUUGCAGUCAUUGCCUCAAGAUCAGCUUCAAAGAUUUAAUGUGCAGAACAGAAAUGAAAGUGGAAACUGUUAUCUCGAUCUACAAAUAAAUGACCUCAAGAUAAUUGAUGAGGGAACAUACAUUUCCACAGUGUAUAAGGAUGGACAAGUUCUUGAUGAUUUCACAGCAAUACGGCUUCAAGUAGAUUAUCCUCCUGGUCAGGUAACAUGUGUUGAAGAUCGUGAAAUAGCUGCAGACUGGGUUUUAGUAAACUGUGUAGCUGAUGCUGGAAGUCUACCAGGGAAGAUUGAAUGCUACCAGGGUGGUGAAAGGGUGCCUCCCCUGACUAGCCCUAAUGAGACUGAGUCUUUAUUGAAACAGACAGUUCUUAUCAGAAAAUCAGAGCCAGCAUUUUGCUGUUCUUGCACAUUGGAUGAAUACAAAUCAAGAUGUGAAUGUAAUGAUACUGUUCUAUUUCAAGCUGAUGGUGGUAGACAAGACCCUUGCCCUGCCUCAUCCCAAGUAACAACUAGGCCUAAUAAUCAUUCUACUCUCAUGGAAAAUGAUCAAAUUUAUUGGUUCCCCACUGUAAAUUCUUCCUCUAUAACUUAUUCCACUCCAAUAAUAAAAUGCAACAGCAAACUUUAUAAGUUGAUCACUCUGCCAGUCUUAAGUCUAUCGGUUUUACUGAAUUUCCUGUGUGCUUGCAUUAUGAUCAGAAUGAAGAUCCGAUAUUUGAAGAUUAAGAAUAGUAGGCCCAAAGAUCCACCUGAACCUGUUUCUACUGAAGAACUUCUCAGUUAG